UGAAUAAGAAAACAGCUUUGAAAAGAGGAGAGAUUGCUUAAACAUGCAGAACAAGAAGAUUGUUCUACUUUUUCUUAUGGUUUCAGCUUUUCUUUUAUCAACUUCAAUGGCGGCCGGUCGACGACCCAAGGUCAUAAACAUGGCUAAGGAAAUAAAUGCAGGCUUUGAGGAUGGUGAUGAAGGAAGUGGAGCCCAUGAAAGGGUGCUUAGAGCAAACACGAGAGACUAUGGAAAGUAUGAUCCAUCACCAGCUCUUGAGAAGCCUCCUUUCAAGUUCAUACAGAAUUGAUGCCUGCUUUUCAUCCUUUAUGUUUGACAGGCAUAAUGUCAAAAAUAGCCCCUACCUUUUAUCAAAAAGAUCAUUUUGACCCCUAUUUUUUUUUGAGCAUUUUGGCCGUCUACAUUAGAC